AUGAAAUACCUCCUACCCACCCUCGCCCUUGCUGCCACAGCCGCAGCCCACGGCUACGUCUCCAACGCCACCAUCGGCGGCAAAGACUACACCUUCUACCAGCCCUACCAAGACCCCUACACCACUGGCGUCAAACGCAUCUCGCGCCCCAUCCAGGGCAACGGCCCCGUCGAGGACGUCACGCUCACCGACCUGCAAUGCGGCGGCUACACCGCUGGCGGCUUCAAGGGCUCCUCCCCCGCAGCUCUCCACGCUGAAGCCGCUGCAGGCUCCGAAGUCAAGCUCUACUGGACACUUUGGCCUGAGAGCCACGUUGGCCCCUCUAUUACGUAUAUGGCACGGUGCCCGGAUACAGGAUGUGAUGCCUAUAUGCCGGAGUCUGCUGCCGUCUGGUUCAAGGUCCAAGAAGAAGGACGUCAAGGUACAUCGAACAAGUGGGCUUCGGAUGCUAUUCGCGUGGCGGGCGGAUACCUUUCGUAUACUAUUCCCAAGUGCCUUGCUGCGGGGUACUAUCUUGUGAGGCAUGAGGUGCUUGCGCUGCACUCGGCGUAUAAGUAUCCUGGUGCCCAGUUUUACCCAGGAUGCCAUCAGCUUAAGGUUACGGGGGGUGGUAGCACGAAGCCGUCGUCGGGUUUGGUGAGCUUUCCUGGGGCGUACAAGGGGACGGAUGCGGGGAUUGCGUAUAAUGCUUAUACUGCGCAAACUUAUCCUAUUCCUGGGCCGAAGCUGUUUACCUGCUAG